UGAUCAGCUACACCAGCUUGUCUCAGGGAAACAGAAAGUAUUGUUAGCUCUUCCAUAGCAAUAAUAUUCGGACACAUAUCAGCAGUGGCUCGCAGAGCUUGUUUAUAGGUGGCACUUAUAGACACAGACAGGAGGCAUGGCAUUAAAGAGAAUACAGAAGGAGCUUCAAGAUUUGCAAAGGGACCCACCGGCACAGUGCUCGGCCGGACCCGUCGGCGACGACUUGUUUCACUGGCAGGCGACAAUAAUGGGACCUACCGACAGUCCGUAUCAGGGAGGCGUUUUCUUCCUGACCAUCCACUUCCCCACAGACUAUCCCUUCAAACCACCAAAGGUCGCGUUCACCACAAAAAUCUAUCACCCCAACAUCAACAGUAACGGAAGCAUCUGCCUGGACAUCUUAAGGUCGCAGUGGUCCCCCGCCCUAACGGUAUCGAAAGUUCUGUUAUCCAUAUGUUCCCUGCUGUGUGACCCCAACCCUGACGACCCCCUGGUCCCGGACAUAGCACACAUCUACAAAUCAGACAAAGAAAAAUACAACAGAUUAGCACGAGAAUGGACCCAAAAGUACGCAAUGUGAAGACGACAAUUUACGGACAAUUUUUUUUUUAAGUCACAGAUCACUGUAAAUUCUAGUAUCUAAGAAGAAGUAUUUAGGUUAUAUUAUUAAACACAUUGUACUGUUAACAUUUACCAUCUGCGACCACCAGUAAUAAUAGCUGAACUAGUAUUUCGGAGGGUGGGCGUACCCUGCGCAGUGCGUCCAGUUGCCCCUUUUCAGACGGUGUCGGGCACUUUUUCUCCUUCUAUGAAUCCUAUUUAACAUUGGCAUCGCCUUAUACAGAUGCAGUGACCCCAGAGGAGGGAAAUUAAGGAACUGAAAACGGUUUUAUUAUGUCGAUCAUUCGGUUGAUUCCAUUUGCUUUGAAUAUUUUAUUGUAUAGUUCAAAGUAACUAUACUUGAUCUACUUUCUCUUCUUUUUUUCAUUAAAAUUGUUUAAAAAUCAA